AUGUCGCAUACAGAGUAUAGCAGAGAGAGGAGCGUCUGCGCUGAAGGUUGCAUCCCACAAGUUAAAGUUGAAGAACUUCCCCCUGAGUUUGAUACCUUCACAGAUUGUAGCAACCCCUUGAAGACCAUUACUGUUAGUCAAUCCGGCAACGCAAAUUUCAAAACAAUUCAAAGUGCAAUUGAUUCUGUCCAGGGAGGGAACUCUCAAUGGAUUCACAUUCAAAUUUCCUCUGGUGUUUACAAAGAGCAAGUCUUGAUUCCAAAGAACAAACCAUGCAUUUAUCUUGAAGGAGCUGGUAGUGAUUCCACAAGUAUAGAAUGGGGCUCUCAUGACAUUGCUACUUUCUUAUCAAAAGGAGAUAAUACAGUCGCAAAGGGCAUUACUUUUACGAAUACACUGAACAGCCCAGUAUUAUUAGAUGCCACUAAGGUCACACAAGCCAGAGCUGCUAAAUUCCGCGGAGAUAAAUGUGCUUUCUACAGCUGUAGUUUUCUUGGAGUGCAAGAUACUCUAAAUGAUGACUACGGUCGUCAUUACUACAAAAAUUGUUACAUCCAAGGUGCAGUCGAUUUCAUAUAUGGGCAAGGUCAAUCACUCUUUGAGGCAAGUACGAUAUAUUUCUCACCGGGGAAAUCUGGUCUAAAAGAGGAUGGAGUUAUUACAGCACAAUAUAGAAAUUCACCAAAUGAUCCAAGUGGAUUUGUGUUUAAUAAAUGUAACAUAAGUGGGACAGGAGGGAAGUUUCAACUUGGAAGGGCUAUGGACGCUUACGCAAGAGUGAUCAUAGCAAAUUCUUACCUAUCAGAUGGUGUUAGACCUGAGGGUUGGAGUCAGACAACAUAUGUUGGACAUGAAUCAAACCUUACUUUUGUGGAGGAGGGAUGCACGGGACCUGGAGCAGACAAAUCAAAACGUGUAAAAUGGAUGAAGAAUUUGAGUCGACCUGAACUUGAUAAAUUCUUGAGUAACUCUUUUAUUGAUCAAGAAGGGUGGAUUUCCAAAUUGCCAGUGAUACUUUGAAUGUACAAAACAUUGCUUCUGUUGCAAGUUAUCGCAACAAUCUACCGUUAAUUAGUUUCUUGAAGAUGGUUAGGUUGAAAGGUAUAAGGUAUAAGCAAUAAGUGACUAUAUGCAUUUAGAAAGCAGUUAUCGAAAUUAGAGCCAAUGUCAGUAAUAUGUAAAUGAUAAAGAAUGUAUUAUGCUUUAUUAUUCAG